GUGAGUAGCAAUCGCUUUGAAAAACGGUCAAGUCAUUUUGUGCAUUAAAUAAUUUCAAUAUCCUUUUUAGAAAGUUAAAACAAUGACAACGAGGUACGACAGAGCUAUAACGGUAUUUUCACCGGAUGGGCAUUUGCUCCAGGUGGAAUAUGCUCAAGAAGCUGUAAGGAAAGGAUCUACAGCGGUUGGCGUGCGCGGUAACGAUGUAGUUGUUUUAGGAGUUGAAAAGAAAUCUAUUGCAAAAUUACAAGAAGAACGCACUGUUCGCAAAAUAUGUCUUCUAGAUGAGCAUGUUGUAAUGGCGUUUGCUGGUUUGACUGCAGAUGCCAGAGUUCUAAUAAAUCAAGCACAAGUUGAAUGUCAAAGCCACAGAUUAACCGUAGAGGACCCUGUUACAUUGGAAUAUAUAACUAGGUAUAUUGCAGGUUUAAAACAAAAAUAUACUCAAAGUAAUGGUAGAAGACCCUUUGGAAUAUCGUGUCUUAUAGCUGGGUUUGAUUACGACGGGAUUCCACAUUUGUAUCAAACAGAACCAUCUGGCAUUUACUAUGAAUGGAAGGCAAACGCGACAGGUAGAAGCGCCAAAACGGUACAUGAAUUUUUACAAAAACAUUACACCGUGGAUGAAGUGGCCACAGAAAAGGGUACUAUAAAAUUGGCUAUUAAAGCUUUACUGGAAGUAGUGCAGUCUGGGCAAAAAAAUUUAGAAAUCGCGGUAAUGCGACGCGGUCAGCCUCUACAGAUGCUAGAUGCAGAUACCGUCGAAGAAUAUGUCACAGAAAUUGAGAAAGAGAAAGAAGCAGAAGCUGAAAAGAAGAAGCAGAAAAAGUGAUGUGUUUGUAUCGAGUUGCACUUUUAUUAUUCAUUUAUUAAUGUUUCGUAUAAAAUAAAUAUACAACGUAUAGGUAAAGAUAAUAAAUAAAAUUGUCAAAUUCCUUUUAUUUAUACUUUACUGCCGUGUCCAUAGAAAGUAUAUGUACAUUUACGUAUAUUUUUAAAUAAAUGAUUUAAAAUUCAAA